AUGGUAAAUUACGGUGUUUCUCGUGCUUGCGAGACCUGUAGAAAACGGCGAAAGAAGUGUGACGAGGGCCGCCCCGUAUGCAGACGCUGUAUAAAGGCAGGGCAAGAUUGUCUCGGGUAUAGGAGCCAUGACGACUUACGCUUCCGCCACUAUACGGCUCCUAUGACUGUGCCCGUCCAAUCUUCCUCUCCGCCAGCCCGCGAGAUAUCAAUCAUAGAGGAUCCAGUUGGCUUUUUUCUUGACCAAUAUGUUAUCUGUUCCGCAGAUGCCCGAGUUUCCCGCGGAUUCCUUGGUGGCUUACCAUCCCUCCUCGCCAAAGUCCAUCAUCCGUCUCCGAACCUUGUCCAAGCUGUUGAAAUUGUCGCUUGGGCGACUAUAGGUAAUCGAUUAGAUCGACCUGAUCUUCUAAUGAACGCGAGGGAACAGUAUGUCAGCAUACUCGAUUCCUUCCAAACCUUACUACAGUGCUGCCAGAUGGGCGAACCCACCGUGGAAGCACUGGUGAUUGCUAUUCUACUAGGUCUGUAUGAGAUCGUCAGCAGCGGUGAGCCUCUUCCUGGGCAGCACAAACAUGUUGCCCAUGUCCGAGGGGUCUGCGCUCUGCUGCUGAACCCUAAUUCCCCUUUCGAUCUGCUGUCAAGCACACAGUUGUUUCAGGUAGCCAACCCUUUGCUCAUUAAACGCACCCUCCAGGAUGAUGAUAGCCCUGGCGUUCUCUGUGCACCAGCGCCUAAUAAUACUGUGCGGAAUUUAGAUUCCAUUCUCAUAAAGUGCCACCCACUUUUUGAACGUGCGGACACGCAGCUACAGAAUCCAGAAACCACGCUUCAUGAGCUGCAGGGAACCCUUGAUGAUGCACUUGCCAUAGAUGUUGCAUUCUCGCAUUGGAGUACCAACCAAGACACCUCAUGGAAGCCUAAUAUAGUGGGCCAUAUCACCCAGAAGAAUGCCGAAUCUUCAUCAUGCCCCUUUGCUCGCGCUGGUGUAGUACAUUCCUAUUUCGACAUAUACGUUGCAGCGGUUAUGAACACCUAUCGGAAGACAUACUUGAUGUUAUUGGACACCUUGAUCCGCCUAACAUCGCGGAUAAAAGGCAGCGUUCAGACAGACGCCGUGACAAGAUGGGAACGGCAGGCGCAUAUAUUAAUCAACGAUAUAAUUGCGUCGAUUCCAUACCACCUUACCGAUAAUGUGCACGAUUACGAGCGAACGAUUUGGUGGUCUAAUGGUUCUCCACGCAUUGGCCGCGCUGUCGGAGGCUUACUACUGUUGCACCCGAUAUUCGUGCUGGCCACUUGCUCGAUUGUGCCUUCGCCAAUUCAUACCUACGUGACAAAGUGUCUUGCCUGGAUUGGGAAAACUAUGGGCAUUGGACAAGCAACGCUUAUGUCAAAGCUUUGCGCGCCUCCCAUAUCAACGGAAAGUAUGCAAUGA